GUCUUAUCAAUAAAAAUAUUGAAGAUGUUACUUAUAAUUCUACUCCUACUUUUGGUCUAACAAUUUUAACUGCAGAGAUUAACUUUGUUGGUAAUUGUACUCCAUCAAAUUUAUUGCCAGUUAUUUAUGAUCUUGUUCCUUCCCUACCGUCUCAAAUCGUAAACUAUAAUGAUUCUGGACCAGUUGAUUAUGAUCUUAUUCAUAAUCUAGUAAAUUAUAGUGAUUUUAGAUUCGAUGGCGGUUCCUCAUUAAAUUCAUCAUCAGUUGUUUAUGAUCCUAAACCGUCUUCAAUCGUAAACUACAACGAUUUUAGAUUAGAAUAA